UGGUAAUUCCACAGCUCUCUCUCUUUAUAAACCCUUCUUCCCUCCCUCCCUCCAUCUUUCUUGCAAGCCCUAGAUUAGCCUCAUCUGCUGCGUGCUAACAGGGCUUCCAUCGAUUGGAAGGUUUUAGCGAAGUUUCUUGUGGGUUAGUAGCAAUGGCGCCAGCUAAAGCUGACAGUUCAAAGAAGCCCGAUCCAAAAGCACAGGCUAUCAAGGCUGCAAAAGCAGUGAAGUCUGGCCCAACCUUUAAGAAAAAGGCCAACAAGAUCAGGACAAAGGUUACAUUUCAUCGCCCAAAAACAUUAAAGAAGGAGAGAAAUCCCAAAUACCCUCGCAUAAGUGCUCCACCAAGGAACAAGCUUGAUCAUUACCAGAUUUUGAAAUUUCCUCUCACUACUGAGUCAGCUAUGAAAAAGAUUGAGGACAACAAUACACUUGUAUUUAUAGUUGAUAUUCGUGCUGACAAGAAAAAGAUCAAGGAUGCAGUCAAGAAGAUGUAUGAUAUUCAGGCCAAGAAAGUUAAUACAUUGGUCAGGCCUGAUGGGACAAAGAAGGCAUAUGUCAGGCUGACACCAGAUUUUGAUGCUCUGGACGUGGCAAACAAAAUUGGAAUCAUCUAAAUUACUUGCUGUAUUUUUCUCUCCAUUUCUCAUAAUUUUUUUUUGUUCCAGAUUAGGGUAAUUUUGUUGUGCUGUCAAGCAGUGAGAUUUUCAAAAUUACUUCAAAAAUUGUAGUACUGUCUUAUGGUUUCAUUGUCAUUGGAUACAUUGUAGGAUUGAAGUACCAUUUACCUGUUCUAAUUUGAGCCAUUGGAUUACUUGUA